AUGUGCAGCGAUAUCUGUACUAACACUAACGGUAGUUUUCAGUGUUCCUGUUCGACCGGCUUCAUACUUGGCACGGAUUUAAGGUCGUGCAACCUAGAAGUUGCCGUGUGCUCCAUUCUGCUGCCACAGUGUCAACAAACGUGUACGGUAUCGCCCAUGUCUUGCAGCUGCUACGUCGGCUACACGCCGACUGCUGACGGCAUAACUUGUGUUGACGUCAACGAGUGUCUGUCUGACAAUGGAGGCUGCCAGCAAACGUGUGUCAAUCAACCUGGCAGCUACAGGUGCGGCUGUAGAGACGGCUAUCGUCUAGCGGCAAAUAUGAGAUCAUGUCUGUCUAUGGACGAGUCCAUCGCUCCUGCAUGUCAGCAAAAGUAUCUCAACGGAAACUCCUCUUGUGGAUGCUUUGAGGGCUACAAGCUGAACGACGACGGCGUUUCUUGCGCAGACCAGGACGAAUGUAGCACCCCUGGCGUCUGUCGGCACGCAUGCGCUAACACAGUCGGGAGUUACACAUGUGGCUGUCAGGAAGGCUACCAGUUGGUCUCGGACGGGAAUUCCUGCCAGAAAUCUAACAACAGCAGCUCCGAGAGUGAGGUAUGUACCUACCGAUGCGUGCAAACAGUAGCCAACAACACGCUAGAAUGUCCUCAGGGGUACACUCUUGCCAACAACACCUGUCUGGACAUCAACGAAUGCCUUAACUCCAGCAACGUCUGCCAACAAGUCUGCGUCAACACCGACGGAUCAUUCACCUGUGGCUGUAAGGACAGACACAUACUGACCACCAAUCAAUCGUGUGGCGCCUACAACUGUUCCUGUAAGCCGGGCUACAUUCUGGGCAACGAUGGGCACUCUUGUGACGACUUGGACGAGUGCUCAACAAGUUUUCAUGACUGCCAGUCGACAUGUAUAAACACAGGAGGAA